CCAAGAUUCUCAUCUCAUGUCCCAUGCAGCACUUCUAGUACAUCAAAAUCAAAUCGCGUAAAAAUACCACUACCGCAUAAUUAAUCUUGUUCCGUCGGAACACUAUUACUGGUCUCUCAUCUACACAUCCUACAUUAGUAAUUAUGAUGGCUAGACAAAGUAAUUACUCCGAAUCUGAUCAAUUAGAUGUUCUAGAGUCUAUUCGCCAGCAUCUCUUGGAAGACGACGAUUCUCACUUCGACACUAGUACUAUUACUACUACUACUACUACUACUAACGCACAGCAAUAUUCCCCAGCUCCUCCAAGCCUUUUUCAGUCCCUCUCUUUCACCGACUGUUGGACUGAUUUUCUAUUCAAAGCAGAUCACCACAUGGCCGUUGAAAUGGGUCCUACCGCGGGGCCUACCGUGGGGCCUACGGUGGUGACGGUGACAGAGACGGAUGUGGUGCCGCCUGAUCAGUCCAACAACAACAAGCCGAGGAGAGGGUGGCAGUACAGGGGAGUGAGGCGGAGGCCUUGGGGUAAGUACGCAGCGGAGAUUAGGGAUCCAAAGCGGAACGGCUCUAGGAUUUGGCUCGGCACCUACGAGAACGCCGAGGACGCCGCUUUGGCUUACGACCGAGCCGCUUUCAAAAUGCGUGGCGCCAAAGCCAAGCUCAAUUUCCCUCACCUCAUUGGCUCCGGAGCUCCUGAGCCGGUUAGGGUCAGUCCCAAGCGCCGAUCCCCCGACGCUUCUUCUUCUUCCUAUUCUUGGGAUAGUGGCUCUCCCAAGCACAAAAGAAGGGAAUUAGUCGGCUCAAGAGCGGCUAAAGCCGAGUCCAGUACUGUUUGUAGUUCUGUAGAAGUUUUUCAAAUGGCUCCACUUACACCUGGCGAUCAGGGUUUGAAUGAUUACAAUGUCGGCCUGUCCAGCCCACCUGGAUUUUUCAUGUGCGGAUGGUUAUAAAAGUCUUGUUUGUUUGUUUUUU